AGAGUUCGGUAGAAAACGUCGUCGUUGUCGUUCGUUGCGGUGCGUUUCUGUGGAUGCGAAUUUUGUGUGCGAGUGCAGCAGUAAAAUUGGAAUAUUUUCAGUGCUUUUUCCGGGAGUGCGUUAAAAAGUUGUGAAUUUCGGAGGUGCUCUCCCAGAAUUGUUUGAUUUUGUGCGUGUGACAGGUGUGCGUUGUUCGAAUUUGCUGGCGAAACGAAGAAAAUGUGCCGCUUGCUCAGGUGAAAACCGUGAAAGAAAUCUGCUGGAAUUUUACGCUUUUUUUUUCUCCAUCCGACUCGUGAAAGGGAGCGACACAACGAGCGAAAAAAAAAAGAAAGAAGAAUCGAAAAGGCUUCCCUUUUGUGAGCCUGCUUGGAUUCUACUGGUAGAAAACAAAAGUAAACGAAGGAAUAUUUUAGUUUGACCAGCUAAAAAUUUGCUAAGGCGAUCAAUUCCCGGACCGUGUAAAACAUCCCGGGGAAACGACAGGACCAAACCUGAAACGAAAUAGGAUAUUUAUUCGACGUGUUGCAGAUUACGAUACGCUGACGAUACGCGAUGGUAUGCGGCGAACAGGAGGAAGCACUCUGUGUCAUCGUCGAUCCACGCCCGGACGCACAACAGCGAAAAUUUUGCAUUAAAGUACGAGCCCACCAUACGGUAGCCGACCUGUACAACUAUGUAGGAUCGCAAACCGUGUAUCCAGACUUUGAGCUUCUGUUUCCCCCAAAGGAUAACAGUACAAGCGAGCUUACUUUGCAUGAUAAGAAACAGAAAAAUAUUACAGAUGUAGGAAUUGAGCUUGGCAAAAGGACUACGGUGCAUAUCCAACCGAAAGUGGAGGAUUAUUCCAGUGCGGCUAUCACAGUUCAAACGGACAUGUCUUCCGAUGACGGUUUUGAUCUGGGCGCUUCGGCGAGCCCCGUUGAGUCCUCCAAUCACAACAUGCCUGCUCCUCCACCGCUGCCGGCGCCAGUUUUCUAUGACAUGAACCCUACCGAAUCCCAAUCGGUUACAACAUCACGGUUGCGACGCUAUGUCGACGACCAUGCACAGUCUUCGUCCAACAACUAUCGGGGUCUAGUGAAUCAGGCUAUGACCUGUUAUCUUAACAGUUUGCUGCAAGCACUCUUCAUGACCCCAGAGUUCCGGAAUGCUCUAUACAAAUGGGAAUUCGAUGGAAAAGAUGAAGCGAAAUCGAUUCCCUAUCAAUUACAGAAGUUGUUCGUUAACCUGCAGACUUCGCCUAAAUCAUCGGUGGAAACGACUGAUCUGACGCGUAGUUUCGGCUGGGAUUCGGCUGAAGGAUGGCAGCAGCAUGAUAUCCAAGAAUUAUGUCGUGUGAUGUUCGAUGCAUUGGAGCAAAAGUUUAAAAACACCAAACAGGCGGAUUUGAUCAAUCGCUUAUACGAGGGUAAAAUGAUCGAUUACGUCAAAUGUCUAGAUUGUAAUACCGAAAAGCAACGGGAAGACAAGUUCCUCGAUAUCCCGCUACCGGUUCGGCCCUUCGGCAGCACAGUGGCCUAUGAGAACAUUGAAGAUGCCUUGAGGGCCUUCGUUCAACCGGAGAUCCUAGAUGGAAACAAUCAAUACCAUUGUGAAACCUGCAAUAAAAAAUGCGAUGCCCAUAAGGGGCUCAAGUUUACCAAAUUCCCGUACAUUUUGACGUUGCAUUUGAAACGGUUCGACUUUGAUUACCAGACGUUCCAUCGAAUCAAACUUAAUGAUAAAGUCACGUUCCCACAGACGUUGAAUUUGAACAACUUCGUCAACAGUACAACAGUAGGUGUCGAUAAAUGCACGGCGACUGCAACUGAUUCCACUGCAAGCGUGAAUGGUGUUGGAUCGGUUCCGUCAGCAAUGCAGAUGGAAACAGCGGAGAAUUUCAUGAAGACCUACGACGAAUGCAGUACCACAGACAGUGGCUCGGCCCUCGAAGAGGAUUCAUCCUUCCAGAAUGGAACGUCCGUGUCAUCCACCACUACCACACCGAAUGAUCAGUUUAUGACACAGGAGGACGACGAGGGAAUUGACAUGGAGCUGAACGGCGACAGCAAAUCUCCAUCAGUAAGCAACUUCAACGCUCCCGGUCCGUACGUAUACGAACUGUUCGCCAUCAUGAUCCACUCGGGCAGUGCUUCCGGAGGUCAUUACUAUGCCUACAUCAAGGAUUUCAACAGCAGCAAGUGGUACUCGUUUAACGAUCAGACAGUUUCACCUAUUACGCAAGACGACAUUCAAAAAUCCUUUGGUGGAGGCACCUCGAAGGCAUACUACUCCGGAGCGUACAGCUCCAGUACCAACGCUUACAUGUUGAUGUACCGCCAGAUCGACUCGUCCAAAAAUACCUCGCCCAUUAAGGAGGAGGAGUUUCCAGAACACAUUAAGAAACUGGCAAUCAAAAUUCGCGAUUCCGAUGGCUGUCGCAGCAAAGUAGACAGCGAUGCGGUGACGGUGAAGGUGUACUUCGAUAACCCACGCACAAGAGCCAUCAAGAGCUACAAAAUGUACCUCCUCAAUGAUAGUACGUUGUCGGAGGCACUGGAGGAAGCUUACAGGGUGCUACAGGUGAAGGGUAUUGUUCCACUGGAGCGCUGCAGGUUAGUAGGAUACGAUCGCAACACGGAGUGGAUUGAAAAAAGCUUCGAAGGACAGGAGGAAGAGAGGAUUGAUGAGAUAAUGGGACAACUCAAAAGAUCCAGCGAGCUGUUGCUAGAGACACGCGAAGAGCACGAAGUAUUCGAACCAUACCUUCGGGACGGAUUGAUGACAAAGGUUUACCGUGUGGAUUUGGCCAACCGGGACGUCGACGGACCCUUUUCGGUUAGAAUGAGCAAAACUCAAACGGUGUUGGAUUUCAAGCAAAUUCUGGCACGCAAGUUUGGGUUGUAUGAGAAAACUCUGAUCCUGGCAUUAAACGAUUACAAAAAGGACAGCAAAAUUUUGUCCAACAACGAUGCCACCCUGAAGGAGGAAGACAUGAUUGAAUACUCGAAGGUAUUUGUAGCGGUCAACAACCCGGAUGAUACGGAGUUUUGCAACAAAUUCAAACAGUUUGUGUCCACGUUGGACCAUCUGAUUGGAAUCUACUUUGUUCUACCAAAUAUGGAACCAGACACUUUGAAAAAGUUGUCCAUUCCACCGUACGUUCCCAAAGUGCAUCCUCAAAUGAAUGGUAACGCAGCAGACGUGCAUAUGGCCAAUACGGACAGCAAUAGCGAGGACAGCAGCUUGAGUGACAACGACCGAACACUGGUGGAAGACGACGUUCACACGCAGUUGAAUGGCGACGUCAGCAAUUUGCAUUUCACCAACGGUAUUUCCACCAAUGGUUUCAAGGACACGGACGAUGACGACGAGGAGGAAUCGUAUCUGGCGGAGUGUAGGAACAAUGACUACUACUUCAAGGUGGCCCCCCUGGUGUGUUACACAACGAACAACGAAUCGGGAACCCAGGAAGAAACCGCCAGUAGUAGCAAUAGUGAUUAUGAAAAAGUGAUUAAAGUUCUGAUUGACAAACGUGCCAAUCAUGGAUACCUUAAGUAUAGACUGCAGUCGUAUUUGAAAGUACCAAUGGAGUAUUUCAAGUUAUUCAAAAACUCAACAGUGAAUCAGCAAGAGAUCACUCUACUCAAGGAGGAGCUAAAUGCAUACAAGGACGGAGAUCGUCUGACGAUUGAACUUGGCCGUGUUCUGCGUAAGGGUGAAUACAAGAUCAACCUGUACUACUUCAACGUGAACGAUGUUGUUGAUGACCUCGAUAAGUUACCGUUCCUGUGCAACUGGAUUGUUCGCAAUGGGCAACAAGUGGGUCAAGUCAAAAAGGAUGUUCUUGCCCAUCUGGCUACCUCCGACAGUAAAUAUAACAACCUGAAAUACGAGUGUUGCCGGCUACGGAGGAAAUGCUGGAAGAGCAUCUCCAAAGUGUACCUCGACGAAUACCAAAUUGGGGAAGACGUUACCUUAAAUAACAAUUCUGAUAUGAUCCUUCAAGAAGUGGAAGAUCUUCCCAGCGUCACACCCACACAUUACAACGAUGUAGUUCUCCUGAUUCGAAGGUGGCAUCCUAGCGAGAUGAAAUUAGGCAAAAUGCAGGAAAUAUUGUUCCCAAAUAAAUGUGAACUGAGGAACCUACUAUCCAAAAUCAGCGAUAUUCCUGAGGAAAACAUCGAGUACGUCAAACUGCAAACACGUGAUUCGAUCUCGGUUCUACAGAUCCACAACAGUUUACAGUGGACAUCGACGGCGAACCGUUUUGACGAUAGUAGUUUCCAAGACGGCAACGUCUUAUACUACAGAGAUUCAACCGAACCGCUGGCGGAACUGACGGCCGAGGAACGCAAAGAGUUGACCAAGAAAGACAUCCGCAACAGUUCGACGUAUUCGCCGCGGAAGGAGCGUGCGCUGAAGAUCUACGUCGAUGCAUCGCCGAAGAAAGCCGACGACUGAUUGCAGCUAACGACCGAGUGCAGCAGCGGUACCAAACGAAGAAAGUGUUGCAUCUGAUCGAAAGGGAGAAGUCGAAGUCUGAGCCAGUAAAAAUGCAGCGCCCCUCGCGUAUGUAGUGUAUCACUAAGAUCCAACUAGCUUUUCAGCAGGGCAAACAACGGAUACACAUUGACCCUAUGUUAAGAUGCGCCUGAUCUUGCACUGCAUGUUGAGUUUAUGUAAAAAGCAGAUAAAAUAUAAACCGUAAACGUGCCAUCUUCUGCGCACCUAGGGCGUGAUUCUGCGUACUUUUGAUAAGUCGCAAAAAGUUGAAACUUGUUGAUAAUUUGCAUAAAUGUUUUUUUUUUUGUGAAUGGAUGUCCUGUAAUAGUAGCAACAGGUGCAUGUAACAUGAAUAAAGAUUGUAAAGUUAAUCAUAUUUUGAUCAAUUUGCGCAGAAUUAUGGACUGGGCAGAAUUGGGGGCGCUCGCGGUUUUUCAAAAACUGUUGUAUCAUAGUUCCACUUCGAUGUACGGUUGGGGGAUAAGGGUCUCAACUACUAUCCAAUUCCUGGUAGAUGAGCUCGAAUUGCAAUCGAAUUGAUUUUUAAAUUGAUUUGUACUUGAAUUACCAUUCUAUUGUUAUCUUUGUUUAAGAAGAGGGAUCGAGAGCGUUCCAUUUGAAGUUGAUUUGAAUAUUAUGUCAUGUGUGUUGAGGUUGUGGUCAUUGUCCGUAUUAAUAAUCCUUGCUCAAACAUCAAUCUAGGAUCCGAACGAUUUUCAACGUUUAUGUUUCUAACGGUCAUGUAUUGUAAAGUAUGUAAUGGGCAACAUGCACAGCCAGUUAACAAAAUCUCGACGAUGACCACAUCGACAGAAGCCUGCGUGAGCUUCAUUUAUCUGUGAAUGCACUUAAGGCCUAUCAUGCAUUAUUUAUGUCCAUAGUACUUUCUACCUUGCUGAAACUGUUUUGGUACCUCAUCAAUUCAUAUCAUAGUCUUGUACAUCUGAGCAUAGUCAUAAUUAUCAUCUAACACUUCUAUCUUUGAUUUUUUUUUCUUUUCUGUACCUUUGUUUUUGUUACUGGAAACGCGCAUCGACCCAUCCCUUGUCUUUAUACAUUUGUCGUUCAGUUUGUCCCUUGUACUGUUGUAACCACUGACUGGUCAUAGACGUUUCUACAUAAAUUACGAAAAUAAGUGAGGCAAAUGUGAGAAUAAAAAUUACUUACUGCUCUGAACCAUA